AUGAUAUACAGUUCUCAUUACAGAAUCCUAACCCAAUUUUUCCUUUUAACAGAUAAAGAUAGUGUUUCUCGUGGGAAAGGUCAGGAUCUAUUUCUUAGAUCAUUCUAUGAAAGUCUGCAACUCAUCCAAGAGAAGAAACUGCAAAUGCCACCUAUACAUGCAGUAAUAGUGGGAAGUGACAUGAAUGCGCAGACCAAAUUUGAAACUGAACUGCGUAACUUUGUGGCGGAGAAGAAAAUUCAGGAUCGUGUUCACUUUGUUAACAAAACUCUGAACGUAGCUCCAUAUCUGGCAUCUAUUGAUGUACUUGUUCAAAAUUCUCAGGCACGGGGAGAGUGCUUUGGGAGGAUUACUAUUGAAGCUAUGGCUUUUCAGCUGCCUGUAUUGGGGACUGCAGCUGGAGGUACUAUGGAGAUUGUUGUAAAUGGAACCACUGGGAGGCUGCAUCCGGCUGGAAAAGAGGGCAUAAAAACUCUUGCAAAUAACAUUGUUGAGCUAACCACAGAUGUUGAGACGAGGCUUGCAAUGGGGAAAAAGGGAUACGAAAGGGUUAAUGAAAUGUUUCUGGAACACCAUAUGUCCCACAGGAUAUCCUUGGUUUUGAAGGAUGUUUUGAAAAAGGCGAAAAGUAAAGCUUAGCUCAAAAGGGUUAUAUAUUUUCUCACAUUUCAUUUUUUUCCCUUUCAUUUCUGAGUAGAAAGGAAUGCAAAUAGAAAUCCAACUCACGUAUAACACUUCCUUUCCUUGCUUUGUACGAUAUGACUGGGAAAACUGUUUGUUAAUAGUGUAUGAAAUGUUAGCCUCUCCCAGUUUGUUGCAGUUUUUUGGGGGCGUUUCUGUCAAUUUUCUCAUUUAUUCUUU